AUGGGCCAUGGAUUUCCGUUCCACCGAGCUUCUCCAUGGAACAGAAUCAAAGAGGUAUUCGGGUAUCUCUCGGGAAAGCUCAGGAGCCUCUCAGACUAUUCCUGUUUCAUCAAACAGAUUCAGUGUGUGAUGGGCUUCUAUAGCCAUGCUCAGAGCUUUGAAGAUACAUAUGUCCCCAUUCUCGCAGUGAGGCAGUCGUCCCCAUUGCAGUCAGCUGGUUUCCGCAGUCAGCUGGUAUCGGAAGACAUGGCUAAGCACAGAGAGAAGAAGAGAGCUCAGCGGCAGCAUGAAGAGGUCUAUCCUAUGAUGACUUUCUAUCCUCCGUUACUGACUCGUCCAAGGUCCCUCACCCCCGCAGAAGAGCCAGUCGUUUCAACGCCCGUGACCAGAGUAGUUCGUUCUCGGGUCAUCAACCCUGGAAAUCGAUCCCUAGAAAACACUGAAGCCGGCUCUUCCAACCCCACCAAUCUAGAAACUCGCUACCAGCAGCCGAUCCUAGACGGCGGCGUCAAACCGCUCCAGAAGACCACCACAGCACACGCUCAAAAAAGCGAAGCAACAGCGGACUUCCAGGCCCCCAUCCUUCCGGCUCAGCCUCCCUUCAUAACCUAG